AUGGUGUGUGAUGAACCUGUGAUGCAGGCUCUGGCCAAGCUGCGCCUGAAUUCACGCAAUUCCUUCCUGUUCGUGCCCCGCCGGGAGGGCGGCCCGGCUCGGCCCCCGGCCCACAUCGCCCGGCCACCGCCACCGCCCUCGGAGGAGAAGGCAGCGAAGGAGCCCCCGAGGGCUCCCGCCCCGGAGCAGGAGGAGCCCGCCGCUUCCCCGCCGGCUCCUCUGGACCCGCUGGUACCUGUGACUUACAUCGAUGACAUUGUGGAGCCGGACAGCGGGGAGGUUUCUCCCAGGGCCGGCUCGACUGCGAGGACGGGGAGCUUGGAUCAGCCCGGAGGAGCUGGCCCUGACCUGGAGAUGGAGUUCUCCUCCGUGCCCCUCUACAGACCCCACUCUGCCCCCCACCAGAGGGGAGGCAGCACCUUCACUGUCGUGCCCAAAAGGAAGCCCGUUGCCUCGGGGCUGCAGACUCUCACUGAUGCCAGCGGAAGGUCGCAGCGGGAGGAAGAGGAUGAGGAUGAGGAGAGCAAAGGAAGAGGCAAAGCCAUGGAGAAUGCUGAUGGGCCCCAGGUGGGGAUACCCCAUAAAAAGCGCUACCCCUCAGUGAACGAGAUCGAAGUGAUCGGGGGGUACCUGUCCCUGGAGAGGUCCUGCAUGAGCAAGACGGGCUCCCGUCGCAAGAAGAUGAAGAUCUCCUUCAAUGAGACAAGUCUGCAGACUAUGUUUGAGUACCCCUCAGAGAGCUCCCUGGCAGAAGAGGAGGAGGAGGAGGAAGGCCAUGCUUCGGAAACAGAGGAGGAAAAAUCUUGCCCUUUUUACGUUCCACGCCCAAAUGGCACUUUGCAUCCCAGUACACCCAACUCAGAUUUAUCCAGCUACACCCCAAAGCACUCCGUGAAGUUCAGCGAGUGGCAGGAGCAGAAGUAUGAGGGUCCUGCUGCAGAGGGACCCCUCCCAAAGGAAGCUGAUUCCCAUGGGAACCAAGACAUGCUCACCCCGGCAGAGAAGGGCGGGCUCUCGGAUUUCAGCAGCGAGCCCAUCUGA